AUGGAAAUACAAUCACUUUCAACUGAUGAAGAACUAAAACAUCUAUUCACAAAAACCCUAAUUCAAGAUGAUAUGCUGGACUUAACUUUUGUUGGAGAUUCAAUUGACUACUUAGCUAAUCUACCAACACCAAUCUACAACGAAAUUAUUACAAAAGGAUUGCAAAUCAGAAUGCAUCCACCAAAUCAAAGAUUGGUGACAAUUUACUAUGACAAUAAAAGUAAGAGUUUCAAAUUGCAGAAAAAUGAUUGGCUUGCCAUUGUUAAAGAGAGUGGUCUUGAAGUUGGUGACAGAAUUGCUUGCUGGGCAUGUUGCCAUGACCUAGGUGGUAACUUCAGUUUGCUCAUAGAAAAGGUGGGUUUUGAUCAGCUAGUUCGAGGCACUCACCCACCUUUAAUUGUGCUCGUAACAUCUCAUCAAGUUCAUGGAAUAUGUGAGAAAGCAUUAGCAAUUUGGCAUCCACUUCAUUUGGAAUCUUCACAAACAGAGGGACCAUUUGUAAAGCAUUUAUUCACAAAAACCAUAAUUCAAGAUGAUAUGUUAGGGUUAGCUCUUGUUGGAGAUUCAAACAACUACUUUAGAGGUCUACCAAAACCCAUGCUUGAUGAAAUUGGCAUCAAAGGACUAGAAAUUGAGAUUUAUACACCAAACAAUAAGAGUUGGGUGGCAAUUUACUACGAUAGGGAAAAUAAGAACUUCAAAUUGGAAAAGAUUGCUUGGUUCGAAGUUGCUUUGAAGAGUGGAUUCAAAAUUGGUGACACUAUUGGUUGCUGGUCAUUGUACCAUGGUGAUCUUGGCCCAUAUGGAAUCUUAGCUUUACUAAUUGAAAAGCAGGUUCCCAUUGACAUUGACAAUGAAGGUGGUGGGCAACAAGCUAGGGUUGAAAAUGCUGGGGAUAGCAAGCAGUGA